UUUCCAACAAAGAUCGAAGAAGGUUAUCGAUUACAUGCACGACAUUUUGCACUUAAACAUGUGUGUCAUGGUAAUUUCACAGCACCGAUUAAAGAAACUAUAACAAAAGGAUUUAAAAUUCUGGAUGUAGGAUGCGGCUCAGGACAGUGGUCAAUAGAGAUCGCCCUAAUGUUUCCCGAUGCUGAAAUUUAUGGAGUUGAUAUAUCUCCAAAUUUUCCUUUCAUCGCACCAUAUAAUU